UCUCUGCCUCCCCCCCUCUCCACCUCCUCUCCACCUCCUCUCCGCCUCCCUCUCCACCUCCCUCUCCCCCUCCCUCCCUCUCCGCCUGCCUCCCUCUCCGCCCUCUCCAUCUCUUCUCCGCCUGCCUCCCGCCUCCCUCUCCGCCUCCCUCCCCGCCUCCCUCUCUGCCAGCCACGGUCUCGCCUGCUCCGCUUGCAGGAUUCGCCUCUCCGAGCCUUCCGGAUAUUUCACUACAGAGAUGGCCGCGAAUGUGUGUAGAUCAGUCCUUCUCUUGUCCCGUAGCAGCGGACAUGUGGCCAGCGGGAUCCCCGCACUUGUUAUCUCGUCACAGCGGCACCAGCAGCACAUGAGACCGGACCAGCCUGUCAGGAGAACACAUGUCCUGCGAUCAUCCUCCCGCUCUGCACUGUUCACCCAGCCUCCCACCAGCAUCUCAACCACCCUCUCAACCCAGACUCCUGUCUCACUGUGCCAUCCCUCCUAGACUCCUGUCUCACCGUGGCAGUUGGGAUCACCAUCUCAAUUGGCUCUGUUCUGGUUUUUCUGUGGCGAAGCUCAGGCAUCGGAGGCAGAGGCUUCAAGUCAACAUCAGAAUCAUCAUCAGCAACGCCGAUUUCAAGCUCACUAUCCGAUCCUCCAUCCGUCUCCAAACUCAUCAAAGUUUUGCAGCAUUUGCAAUGCUGUCAAUACGUCCGUUCUUUGGUCUUGUCAUUGUGAACUGCACACAUUGUAUGUUGUACUGAUUUGACUCUCUCAGGGGAGAUUAUAAAUCAUUUCCUUUCAUAGUAAAAUAAAUCCAUUCUUCUUCAUCAUUACACUGUUGUUCUAUAUUCAGUCAUCCUCAUCAUUCAGAUUAACCACCCUCCUCAUCAUUCAGAUUAACCACCCUCCUCAUCAUUCAGAUUAACCACCCUCCUCAUCAUUCA